UGACCGCCAUGACCUGCAGCCUCCCUGGGCCUCUGAGGACCUGUCUGCACAGCUCGUGUGUCCCCUGAAAGCCACCACUUGUCCCCGUGGACACCCAGAAGCCCAGCCCAGCCUCCCCUCCUUGCAGAAUGAGCUUCUCGCUCACAUUCUCUGAGCUGGUCAACAUCGCCAUCCCGCAGUGCGGGGUGGUGAACUUCAAGGCCCUGCACCUCCUGCUCCAGGGCAUCCUGGAGCACAUCCACCUGGCUGAGCUCAAGAAGGUCCUCUCGGGAGACGAGGACUUUCUCCAAACCCCGCUGGCCGCGUUCAUGCCCCGGGAAGCAGACGCCCAGCCCAUCCUGCACCCCUUGAAGAGGCUCAGCAACGUCUUUGACCACGUGGUGAGCCGCAUCGACAAGAUGGAGAGCCAGCUGGCCAUGCUACAGGACCUGCCAUCCACUUCCCAGCUGCUGGAGGGCAGCCGGGGCAAGGGCCAGCCGGCCCAGGAUCUGUGGCACCUGAUAAAGCUCCGGAAGAUGGUGGAAAGCAAUGAAGAAGCCAUCGCAAAGUCCAUGAAGAUUCUGCAGGAUUUGCUCACUGACAUUUAUGCACUCAAAGUCUCCACUGAAACUCUCAGAAAGGAUAUGGACAAACUGAAGGACAUACUUGAAAAGAUGCACCCAGAAAGAAUGGAUACUUUCUUGGAGGAUCUGAGAGGACAGACCCAGAAGAUAAGUGUGCUGCAGCGGAAAGUGGUUUCUCUCCAGAGCAAGAUCCUCGCCAUCCCCAAAGCUGAGGACAUGGUGCUCUGGAGCAGCCUCCAUGAAGCCAUGUUCAGCCCCGUGAGAACCAGUUCACUAGGGUUUGAUGAUUCGGAGCUGUUGCAGAUUGUGGAUCAGCCCCCAAAGACAGAUCAUCCCCAGACCACGGAGUACCCUGAAGCUGUUCGUCGUGUCCCAGUCUCAGGGGUCACCGAGCGCCCCAGGUUACCGGAGUCUGCCUGGCAUUACGAAAUCCUGGAGGAGCUACAGGAGGAGGAAUCUGCCCAAGCUGUUCUACUCGCCGGGGCCCAGGGGCCGGGGCAGCCUCAACACCUGGGCCUGCCCUCAGACCUGGGGCCGCCCUUGCCCCUGAGGCUGUCUCUGGGCCUGCACCUGCCCCAGGGUUUCAGCCCACACCACCAGCAGGCUGGCGUCUUCCCAGAGGCUGGUCCAGAGCUAGCAGUACGUCUGCUGCCGGCUGUCUCAGAAAAUCAAGAAGAAUAUUUAUCCCACGACAUGCCAGCUCCUCAGGCCAGGACCCCCAGGGCUGAGGACCCCAAAGCAGCACCCCCCAAGGCUCCCCCAUCUGCCCUUCAGCGGUUGAAGACCACCGCCACCAUUGCGGCUGCCGCCGCCGCCUCCUACGCAAAGGCCGCCACAUUGGCAGCCCGGCAAGCUGAGGCCGCCACCAAGGCCAUCAAAAAUGCCCCGGCCACCAAGUUGGCCACCAUAGCAACAUCCGUGGCUGCAUCUGGGCCCCUAGGGGUUUUCGCAGACAUCCUGGGCGCGGGAUCUUCCCGUGGGGCCUUGGCCUCUGUGUCCUUGGCUGAGGACACCAAGGCAGAAGACUUGCAGGGUUACAGCGAAGACUUCUAUCCCCCAUACUCUGCUGCCAGCAUCUCCCCCGGUAGGGCCUUGUCCCAGGCCAUGCUGGCUGCCCAGAAUGCCGUGACCACCGAGGACAAGAAGGAGGCUGUCAGGUACUCCAUGGGCCACAUAGCCCAGAUGCCCAUUAGACACGACUCCCUGAAAGAAGAUUUUGUACAGCUGUCGUCCAGCCUUCAGCAGCACUUGACUUCUCUAGCUAAUCUGGGAGCCUCUUCUAAGCUCGGCACGACAGUGGACGUACUGCAGGAAAAGAUUGGGAACCUCCAGAGAUCCAGGAUGAAGGAGGAGGAACUUGAAAGAAUUUGGGGCCACCAAAUAGAGAUAAUAAAGGAUCACCACCUCGUGCUGGACAGGGCAGUGGAAAAGCUCCAGACUCGCCUGGGUGACUUGAAGAUUGUCCAUGCUCAAAUUAAAAACCUCGAAAUGCACAAGGUGGACAAAAGUGUGAUGGAGCAGGAGCUGAAAGAGAAAGCCGACAGGAGCACCCUGGCAGGCAAGGCGAGCCGAGCUGACCUGGAGACGGUGGCGAUGGAGCUGAACGAGAUGAUUCAGAGCAUGCUUUUCAGGGUCGUGACCCACGAGAAUGACUGGAAGAAGACUGCGGAAAAGCUGAGCAAGGACCUGAGCACCAAGCUGGCCCACAGUGAUUUGGAUGACCUGAAGAAAGACGUGGAUGAGGUCUGGAAAAUAGUCAGGAAGCUGCUGAUUGAAGGCCUCCGAUUUGACCCUGACAGUGCUGCUGGCUUUAGGAAGAAACUGUUUGAGCGGGUGAAAUGCAUCUCCUGCGACCGGCCCGUGGAGAUGAUGACCGGCCCGCAACUCAUCACCAUCCGCAAAGCCCACCUCCUCUCGCGGCUGCGCCCCGCCAGUGCCAACAGCUAUGAGUACCUGCAGCGGCAACGGAUGAGGGAACACCAGCAGCUACAGCAGCUUCAGGAUCUUGAAGACCAGGACAGGAGUCUGGAUGCGUUGGGACCCCAGCAGGACUGGGGCGACGGCCCCAGCAAUGAUGCUAACCUCAAGUUCAAGUCCUAUGACUUGUCAACAUUCUACCCCUACGGGGACCCUGAGGUGUUGGACUACGACACAGCCGAGGUGGACAUUCUGGGAGUGGACGGGAUCCUGUACAAGGGCCGAAUGAUCAACCAGGAUGGGGCACGGCCUUCGACGGGCAUGGAGAAGGAGCUGGCAGCUGUGAAGGUUCCGCAUCCCCCAACUCGAAGCCUGUAUGAUCGUGAACGCCCGAGUGCCUUGUUUGGUGCCAUCUACCCCCGCCUGCACCCCCGCAAGAGUGUGUGCUCAGCCACCUCGGGCUCCCAGCCUCCAAUGCCAGCUCGGCCUCCAUCGCUGCCGCCCCUGCCCCUGCUGCCACCACUGACGCCAUCCCAGGGGGACCCCCAGCAGGUCCCGCGGCCUGCCCGGCACACACGACCUCUGCGCCUCGAGUCCCGAGCCAGCACGCAGCCUGCCAACCCGGGGACAUGGUUCCUGGCCUGGGAUGCAGCGGCCGUGCCGGGCUGGACCAGGAGGAAGGGAACCAACCGUGCCAGUCAUGCGGGCUGGCCUGGAUCCACGGAAAACGACCCCACCAACACGUGCAGCUCUUAUCCCCCAGAAGAGGAGAAACGGCCCCCGAGAGCAGAGCAGAUCGCUGCCAUUGGGUUCCCAGCACCUCGUGCUGUGCCCCCGACACGCCCUCGGCCAGCCUGGGAGUGGGUCUGA